GGCACAAUCGUUGCUCCAGUAGGAGCCAGCUAAUGUUUGUAACCAGCUAUUAGCUAGCUGGAUAGCCAGAUCGUUCUCCUGAAUGCACGCAAAAAAGUAAAUAAACGACUGCUGAACAUAACUUUUAAAAAGUUGAAGAAAAAUAGAGUUAUCGGCCCAAGAAAGUGGGGGAUAUAGCGGAUAUAACGAAGGAAAAGGAGGUCGCGUGUGCGUUUGAUUGACAGCUACAAGUUGACAUGGACACAGAGGGGGACCAGAACUCAGGCUCUACCAAUGGGAACACUCCUUCUGGGGGAAAUUCUCGGCCCCCUCAAAUAUCCCAGAUGUCUCUGUAUGAGAGGCAGGCAGUACAGGCACUUCAGGCUCUGCAGAGACAGCCCAACGCGGCUCAGUAUUUCCAACAGCUGAUGCUACAGCAGCAGAUCAACAACGCACAGCUCCACAAUCUGGCUGCCGUGCAACAGGCCACACUUGCUGCCAGUCGUCAGUCCAGCUCUCCCAGCAACAGUGUGUCCCAGGCCACCAGCACCGCCCACUGCACUGUGAAUUUAAGUUCCUCUGGAGGAGGAGCCAUGACCAAUACGCGUCCUCUCGGCCCCGCCUCCUCUGCAACAUCUUCCACUCUCAGCCAAUCGGUACUUCUUGGUGGAAACACAGCUGGACAGGGUCAGAUGUACUUGAGAGUCAACCGGGGUCUGAGGGCACCUCUCUCCUCUCAGCUCAUCUUCAUGCCUGGUAGCACAGCAACCGCUGCCGUGGCUACAGUGGCUCAACAUCAGCCACAGCAACAGCAGCAGCAACAAGAAGUCACCCCCACCUCCUCCAAUAACCAGUCAGACAGCGAUCAGGUGCAGAACCUGGCUUUGCGUUGUGUCUCCAGUCCCAGAGUCACGGGGGUGAAGACUGAGUGUCCCGACCGGAAGGACACAGCUACGUACUCCCUUGUUCAGCAGUCCCAACAGCAACAACAGCAGUUCCCCCAAACCACCCAACAGACCACCACCCAGCAACAGAUACAACCACAGCAGCAGCAAAUGCACAACAAAAUGCCCACCUACACCCAGCCCGCUACUCCUACUCUGCCAACUAUAAGCAUCAAAACCGGCAACCAGUCCAACAUGGCCCCGCCUCCUGCCCCUCCGCUGUCUCCCUCCUCCUCCCCAUCACCCAGCCUCCCACUCUCUCAGCUCCUCCUCUCUCCCUCCGGCUUCUGUCAGGCGCGUGCUGUUACGACGGUAACGUCGGCCGCCACCGCGACGCACAUCCUUGUCCCCACGUCCAACGCCCCCAGCCCCUCGCAGGGCUACCCCGGCACCUCCGCUGCCACCAAACCCAGCAUUAACACUCAGACCUUGGUGGUUCAGCCGCUGCAGCAGUCUAACACUAAUAUCAACCCGGAAAAAAUGGGCCACAGUUCCGGGCCUGUCCCCAUUCAGCCCAAAACUGUGCAGGGUCUGCGUUUGCCCCUCCAGCUGCCCCCCCGACACCCACCUCCCAUUCUUCCGGCCCCACCGAGCAACACGCAGUCCAGCGCCUCUCACGCCACGCCUCAUGUCCCCGUACAGCUGGUGGGCGCCAGACAGGGUUCGUUAGGGAACUCCCAGACUUUGGCCUUGGCCCAGGCCCGAAGCUGUUGUGCCCAGGAGAGUGGGGCGCUAAAUAAUUCCACCAAUUCCAAUGUCGUUACCAUGGUAACCUCCAUGGCAACAGGAGGGGGAGGGGCCAUGGGUGGAGGGGCAGGCCUUAAGUCACCCCAGACUGCCCUCCCGUUGACCCAGAUCUCCCAAAUUCACCUCCCUACCAAUCAGAGCCAGGUUUUGAACCCGAACCGCUCCUCCUCAAACACUUCCUCCUCCUCAUCCCCCUCCAUUUCGUCCCCUCCCACUCUAACUGUUCCCCUGCCUGCUGAUGGGCAGAACACAGCAUCAAUAACAGUGACUCCCAGCGGUGAUUCAGUGUAUGUACAGCCUGUACAGACACAGGGAAAGCCUGUGAGUGGGUCUUUGAAGAGGAAGUCAGAGUCAGACGCCUCUAGUGAGAUGGUGGCAGGAUCCAGCCCUCUCUGUGAUCAACCAAUGAGAGAGCUCUCUCCUCCGCUCUCUGCCCCAGCCAUUGAUACAGCACCUGGCUCAGCCUCUCCCUCCCCACCAGCACUUACUUUGUCUCGAGCAGGAGGGGGGCCAGGGGAGAGGGCGCCCCCACCCCAGGCUGUGGUCAAACCCCAGGUCCUUACUCAUCUCAUAGAGGGCUUUGUCAUCCAAGAAGGAGCUGAACCCUUCCCUGUGACUGGACCAGUGAAGGAGAGAGCCGAGGGGGCGUUUCCCAUGGCAGUCCCACCCACUGGUCAGGCAGAGACUGAGGCUCCUACAGUGAUGAAGUGUGAGUACUGUGAGGGGUUUGCUCCAGCCACCCAAUUCAGGGGCUCCAAACGGUUCUGCUCCAUGACCUGUGCCAAAAGGUACAACGUGAGCUGCAGCCACCAGUUCCGCACUCGCCGUGGGCGAGCUCCUCGUGGGGCUGUAGGGGGGCCCGGGGGGCCGGACGGGAUUCUGAGGCGUAGGGGUCCUCGCAGGAGCAGCUCAGAAAUUGCCUGUGCCAAAAUCGCUGGGAGACACUUGCCUGUCAAGUGUCGCUCAGAGAGCAGUCGUUCGGAGGACGUCUCAAGUUGCGAGGAGGAAGAGGAGGAAGACUCUCUCUCCCUGUCUCCCGGCUCCUCCUUCUCCUGUCCUCGACCGGCUCACUGCGGGCCCCAGCUGGACGGCUCCGGUACUGGUGGUCUCCCGUUGGACAGCGGCCACUUUCUAUCUGGGAGCCCCUCCCACUGGAGUGUGGAGGAAGUGUGUCAGUUUAUCUCUUCACUGCAAGGCUGUGAGGAUCUGGCGAGUCAGUUCCUCUCCCAGGAGAUCGACGGCCAGGCCCUGCUGCUGCUGAGGGAGGAGCACCUCAUGUCCACCAUGAACAUCAAACUGGGACCAGCGCUGAAAAUCUGUGCCUCCAUCAACAACCUGAGGGACUGAGGGGGAGAGAAAGGG